CCGGCAACAGAAAUGCCAAUGGCGGACUCGAAAAACAUACGUGUUUGUAGUGUCCCGCAGUGCUCAAAUUCCAAACAAAAACAGUCAUAUAUCCCCCGAGCAUUGAUGAAUUGAAGAAGAAGUGGGGGCAUGCAAUUAGAAGAGACGUCGAGGAAGCACAUUCUGUAUAUAUGCAACUUACACUUCAACCCUGGCGACUUCGUCAGACCGCAAGGGUCUGAAGCCGGGGGCUGUUCCUAGACGUUUCCAAUGGAACGACUAUCAUCCCGCAACAACGCGGGAAUCUGGAUAUGAAAGGGCAAAAGCUCGUCUUGGAGUUGAUGUUUGAGAAACCGAGAACCAGGAGCCGGACACUUAACUGUGACCACGACUAUACGAAACCUCCUCUUGGGAGCCAGUAUACGGUUGCUAUGGAGAUCGCUCCGGAAGACGUAGUGAUUCAGGAGACCUUGGGGGCAGAGGUGGAGCUACUGGAGGACGUGAUCAAAACCAAGAAACAGAGCCCACCGGACAGGGAACCCUCUGAAAAUCUCAGUUUUAUUUCUACACCUGUACACUUGGAGAUCCCCAGGUUUUCUGUGCCACGCCCGUUCUCCAUGCCAGAGGACUCGAGUGACGAUGACUGUGACCUGUCAGGGGACAGCAUCUCUGCUUACGGCAUGCAUUCCAUGGAGCUGGGGGGAAAGUGCUGGGAAUGUGGCGUGCAAUUCAAGCCUGGCCAGGAGUUGAUCGAACACUUUGAGAGCCACAGGUCCAAGGUCUCAACAUCCUGCAACAUCUGUCGGGUGACUUUCAGUCGCACAGUAUCACUGGCUAUGCACCUAGUCAACGCACACACAAACUCAGUCCUCCAUUGCAGCAACUGCCAGCUGCAUUUCAGCAACUUGUGGGAUCUCAACAAGCACAUAGGAAUACACUUGUUCACUGAGUUGUUAAAUACACCCCUUGGGGACAUCUCAAAUAAUGUCUUGAAUAGCAGUGAAGAGACUUUAAAGGGACAGUAUACUCUACCUUCAGCCUUGGCCCUCAAACAUGAUGACAACUCAAAUGAUUGCUUGAAUGGAAGUGAGGAGACUUUAAAGGGACAGCAUACUGUUCCUUCAGUGGUGGCUCUUGACCAUGAGGACACCUCAAAUGAUGGCUUGAAUGGAAGUGAGGAGACUUUAAAUGCACAGUGUACUCUACCUUCAGCGGUGACCCUAGACCAUACAUACAGCAUGGAAAGCAAUGGGAGAGUGUCAAAGACAAGACAUAGGCUGGAGGAAUCAGAGGAGGAGGGGGAAGAUGUCAAACCAGACCCCUCCACUCUGACUCCCUCACUGAGGAUCCGUGUCAAACUGGAGAGAGGGGUUGAGGUUGAUUGCGCCCCCCUCCAGUGGGCUGAGGGGAUGAACGAUGGAGAGGGGAGUGAACAUAGCGAAGACACUGAGAGCGCUGGAGGAACAGACAACAGGUUAACAGAGAGCAGCGGGGAAACGGAUAUCGAUGAGGAGGACAUCAGGCUGAGUGAAGAAGAGGAGGAGGAAAUUAAAAGCAAACAGGGGGAGGAUAGGAAUAAUGACAUCCACAGCGAAGAAGAGGACGAGGAUGCUGAGACGCUUAUUGACCAAGAGGGUGAGCCCUCCUCGUCUGAGCGGGAGUCAGAAUUUGACCCAGAAGAGUUAUCCGAUUCUGACUCGAGGUCCAGCAGCACUGGGGAAUCCAGUGGGUCUUCUUACACUCCUGUACGCACACGGAACGCCAAGACCCGGCCGUCCCGGACUAAGCAGCCCCAGACCAAGUUGUCCCAAGUCAAGCCUUAUUAUUGCAUCUAUUGUGCCAAAGGACCGUAUCAUAAUAUGGAAUUUCAUGUGAAGACCUGCAAUAUGAAGAAGGACUUUCAAUGCUCUUUAUGCCAAGCAGUCUUCCCUACCGAGAUGGCCAUGUUGGACCAUCAGAUUCGGACUCACUCUGAAGCCAUAUCGGGCCAAAUGUACGCCUGUGAGUUCUGCCGCCAGGUCUUCCCUGAUCUGGCCAUCUACAAAAACCACAACUGUCCCAAAAAAGACAAACCCCCGCCAUAUGUCCCUGAUCCCACUACGUGUAUCUAUUGUGGAACAGGGCCAUUCAUUAAUAUGGACGUUCAUUUGAGAGGCUGCAGUUGGAAAGGCCUUACAUGCACUGAGUGCAGGGUACUCUUCCAUAAUAGGAAGGCCCUGCAGAACCAUAACGUUUCAGUUCAUGGACAGCUUUCCACUAUGUGUGCUGUUUGCGGCAGAGGGCCAUUCAUUGAUAUGGACUUCCAUUUGAGGAGCUGCUCUAGGGAUUGGUCCUUCCAAUGCUCUGAAUGCAAAGUCCAAUUUCCUUCUGAGAAAUCUCUGGUGGACCAUAAUCUUAAAUAUCACAGUGCCACAUCAAAGACCUCUGACCAAGGUGUCUGUGUUUAUUGCGGCAGUGGACCAUUCACUAGUCUGGACAUCCACAUGAGGACCUGCUCUAAACAGAAGGGCUUAAAAUGCUCUGUGUGCAAAGUUUUUUUCCCUACUGAAUCAGUCCUGGCUGAUCAUAUGGUUUGCUAUCAUAGCACCCCGUACCAUGUCCAUAGAACCCCAUACCAAGUCCAGAGCAUCCCAUACCAAGUCCAGAGCACAGACUCAGAGACCCCUGAAGGUACCUGUCUCUAUUGUGGCAGAGGUCCAUUCACUAGUCUGGAUAUCCACUUGAGGACCUGCUCUGGGAAAAAGGGCUUCAAAUGCUUUGUUUGCAACGUUUUCUUUCCUACAGAGACAGCCCUGGCCGACCAUAAGGUUCUCGUUCACAGUAUCCCAUCAGAGACCCCUGACAAAGGUACCUGUGACCAUUGUGGCAAGGGGCCAUUCACUAAUCUGGACAACCACAUGAAGACCUGCUCUAAGAGGAAGUGCAUCCAAUGUUCUGUGUGCAAGUUGUUCUUUCCUAGUGAUGUCCUGGCCAACCAUAUGAUUUCCUAUCACAGUACCAAAUCCCGAGUUCAGAGCCCAGUCACAGAGAUGCCUGACAAUGGUGCCUGUGUCCGUUGCGGCAGAGGGCCCUUCACUAGUCUGGUACAUCACAUGAAGUACUGCAAAAAGCAGAAGGGCAUCCAAUGCGUUAUGUGUAAAGCUUACUUUCUUACUGAGGGCAGUCUGGUGGACCAUAUUGUUUUGGCCCACGCUGACAAGCUGGUCACCCAAGCUGGUGGGUCCUCCGCUACAACUUUCUCCUUCGUACCCAUGGCUAUCUCUACAACCUCUGGCCGGCAGAGCCCCAGUAGCUCCACCCUGAUGUGUUGCAGUAGUGGCAUCAAGGAGCUGAAACGACUGGGCCCAGUCCCAGUGUCUGAUCAGGGCCACCGUGCAGUUGGCCAGCUAACACCUGCUGGACAGUCUGUGUCUCUGCCUAGAGUAAUGCUGUCUUCCACCUCCUCUUCCCAACCAGCUGUUCCUGUGGUGGCCACCUUGCUCAUUGACAACACUGGUGGUGGUCCAGCGAAAAUGGCCAGGCUGGUCCCAGUGGCCCCACAGACCAACCCUCCCAAACCUCAGGUCACGGCACCCACGCAUACUAAUACAGCAAAGCCCCUUGAGCAGUUCUCUAACCUUCUGCAACAGACUGUCCAUCAGGCAAAAUCUGUCCAACAGCAGACACCCAGGCCCAUUGCCCUAGCCAUGGACCCUAUCAGAUCCCCCACCACCCCAUCCCCUAGACCUGUCUCAGCCUCUGCCCCGGGGAAAAUCACCAUGAUCCACCACUCACCUGUCCAUACCCCCCCUCUAGCGCAGUCUUCCCCCCUUACCAUUGCCUUUGCCCCAGCCCCUCUAAGCAUCAUGUGUAUGUUUGUGAAUAGAAGUAAGGAGCUGGCCCUGGAGAAACGCAUGAAGAUGAGCUGGCGCUCCAAGUGCACCUACACCUGCCGCCAGUGCGGCGCCGUCUCGCAGCAGCCCUCGCUCAGUGUGAAGCACCGCUACCUCCACCGGGGCUCCCGGCGGUACCGCUGCCACUGUGGUAGGUCGUUCCUGCGGCGGCUGCACCUCCUGCGCCACUACCUCCAGCACGCCCAGGCCACCCGCUACAUAUGCACUGCCUGCGGUGAGACCUUCGACGGAGCAAAGUGCCUCGCACAGCACAUGGUUGGAGCUUCCAACACGACUCGAUGUCCAGGUGACAGCAUAACUUUGAAGCUGAGGAAAGAGUGCCGGAUGCCCUUCUCCUGUCACUGUGGGCAGGUGUUUUGUAGGCCCGCUGCUUUUCUCUGGCACAAACUGAAAAACACCCAAAGGACUUAACACUGAAAUGGGCCCACAGCAGGGCCCAGUCUAGGCCCUAUUCAAAGCAGUGGUUUUUCCAUGGCUCACACAGGCAGGCAAGCCUAUAAUUUACUAUGUUACGGGUAGAGGAGGACAAUGCAGUUUGUGGACUUGCUUGACUUUUUUCACUGAAUGAAAGAUGAUUCCUUAAGAAAUAAUCUAUGUAUGUAUUGGUUUAAAAUGUGUUUUCACUUCCACUAAAACAUUGUUUUCACCAAAAGAGCAAAAAUACAAUCAUAUUAAAAUGAUAUAUUUUA